AUGCUCGGUUCAUUGUUUAUGCUUACAUCAUUAUGCUAUUUAUCAAACGGCGAUGAUGUCCCCAUAAACAUUUGCUUUGUGCCUGUACGUGGGGCAAAUAAUGCUAUAGUGAGGCCUUCGGUGCCUGUCGAGUACUGCCAAGAUCGUGAUGCGGCAGCUUGUUUCGCAAUAUUUAAGCCCGAGGACGACAAUGUGCUGGCGCAAAAUCCAACGACUUUACCAUCUUCAGCGGCGACAUGCAGAGAUGAAAGACAGCAUUGUGCAGCAAUUAGAGCUGCAAAUAGCUGUGGCGGUGUAUUUCGAACAACAAUGAUGCAACAGUGCGCGAGAACUUGUGGUUAUUGUGUGUAG